AUGGACACAGGCGUACUGACUACAGCAGACAACAACCCAUUACGCAGGUCCAGGAAUGAAGCACCACCCGCUGCGCCGGCUCCGUCGCUCUCUGUCGGUCCAAGCAACAACAAUAACAAAAACAACAAUGACGACUCGACAGAGACGACUAUGCCAUAUACCUGCCAGACGUGUGGCAAACGGAAAGUCAAAUGCGACAAGGCGAAACCAGUCUGUUCGAGCUGUCAUAAGAGCAAGCUGGAAUGUGUCUAUCAAGCGCCUCAGCCCCGGCGCCGCAAACGAAAGCUGAGCGACAUUGUCCAUCAAAGGCUCGAUCAAUAUGAGCGCAUCUUGGCGCAGCAUGGCCUCCUGCCCCACGACACGACUACGUCGACGCCAAAUGACGAGCCACUACAGGCGCAAGAGCCGGCCCCUUCCACCGGGCAACCAGCGUCUGAUUCCGGCGCGUCGAGAAUGGGGAAGCUGGUAGCUGGCGAAGGCAAAUCAAUCUACCUCGACAGUCAGCUUUGGCGCAAUCUUGGCGGGGGUCAGAAGCGAGGCGUAGCUGACGACGACGACGACGACGACGACGACGACGACAACGACACCGAGGAAGAAGAAGGCGAAGCAGGAGAGGCAGAAGGAGAGGAUCCAUCAAUGUCUGCCGUUCUCGGCGAUUUUGAUUUUGCGGGCGACCCGUUGACCGGAGCGUUCAUGGGCUCGAACACCAGUUUGCCGCAGAAUCUGACGCAGUAUCAUCCCCGCCACGCGGAAGCCAUGAUCCUAUGGCAGACGCAUGUGGAAAAUGUCGAACCCAUCUGCAAGAUCCUCCACGUUCCAACGACAUUUCAGAUGCUGGACCGCGUGUCACGAGAACCCGAGACAGUGUCGAGAGCAGACGAGUGCCUGCUGUUUGCCAUCUAUCACUUUGCCGUCUUCUCGCUGACAGAGGAUGACUGUGCCAGGAAAUUUGGCCAGGCGCGGAACAAAAUGCUGCAGAGGUUUCACUUUGCGACGCGGCAGGCUCUGGUCAACGCUUCCUUUCUGCGAACCACCGAGAUGUCCAUCUUGCAGGCUCUCGUCCUGUUCCUCAUUCCCGGUCGCUUCAUCUACGACCCACACACAUAUUGGAUCCUAACGGGAGUGGCGAUCCGCAUCGCCCAGCGCAUGGGUCUUCAUCGUGAUGGCGAGCAGUUGGGCUUGCAUCCAUUCGAGGUGCAAAUGCGCCGCAGGCUGUUCUACCAGCUCCUGCCGCUCGACGGCAUUGCCAGCAAGAUGUCCGGCACGGGGAUCGCCACCAUGACAGACCCAUGGGACACCCAGCAGCCAUCGAACAUCCACGACGACCAGAUCUGGCCCGGCAUGACGGAGCCACCCCAGGAGCGGAAGGGAGCCACGGACAUGAUCUUCUGCCUGACACGUGCAUUUGUCGGAAAGGCCAUGGCGCGAGCGGAACAAUCAAAACACGACACGCAGAGCGAGGAUGAUGCUGAGCUCCUGAUUGCCGAGACCGAAAGCCAGGUCGAGGAGAAGUAUAUCCGCUAUUGCAACGUCGUCGACCCCCUCCACUAUCUGACGGUCUGUCUGGCGAGAUCGGCCAUCACGGCCAUGCGUCUCCGGGCGCGACUCCCCAAGGAUAAGAACCAGGCCAUCACGGACACCGAGGCACGGGAACUGUUCCAACUGGCACAGGACAUUCUUCAGACGGAUCUGGCCGCGUCGGCGAACACGAGCUUGAGGAGAUAUCGAUGGCAUUUGAGAUCCUUCUUUGUAUGGGGCUCGUGGGACUCGCUGAUCUUUACCAUCACGAGCCUGCAGAAGCCCGACCUGCUUUCGCCCGCGACUACGGACGCCGCCUGGAGGAGGGUAGAGGAGCUGUACAACAACCACGGCGAGCUCCUCGAGUCGAAACAAGCCCUGCACAUCGCCAUCAGGCGCAUCACGCUCAAAGCCUGGGCCGCGAACCCACCCCAGAACCGAGUGCCCGAGCCGGCCUUUAUCACCGAAUUGCGCUCCCUCCGUAGAAUGGGCCGCAAGGGCAGGCCAGACAGACAAGGUAGUAAUGUAACUCCCACCCCCGGAAUGGCGGAUACAGUCGAUCAGACGCCUUCCAGCGAUGCCAACGCCCUCUUGAACAGCCUGUCCGGUGUCCCCGGGCUUGAUAUAAUGGAUGACUUCAGCCUCGACACGGUCGAUUGGACCUUUUGGGACCAGCUGAUUCAAGGCUAUCAGGCGCAGGGUGGCCAGUAA